AUGACAGCAUCUCGCCAAUCCGCCUCCAGGACGCGUCGUUCCCAUACGCUGGGCGGCUGCAACACAUGCCGACGACGCCAUGUUAAGUGCGACCAGAAACGCCCCUCGUGCCAGAUGUGUAAGGUCAUGGGCAUGGUCUGUGAAGGAUUCUCGGAUGAAAUCCGCUGGAUGCCCAGCAGGAAGCAUCAGCAGUCGCAUCGAAAUCCCAAGCCCCGCGGCCUGAAUAGCACUAAGCACGGAGCACGACGCCACCUCUACACAGAGCAAUCUAGACUGUCCAUGAGUGAUGCCUUGGGCGCCGAGCUUGUCUCAGGAUCCAUUGAUGCCUCCCUGGCGGAGAUUGAUGUCAAGUCGCGGGACCCCGAAAGACCAAUGAAUGAAGACAUCGUCAUCGGCCCCUUCGCGGUCCUUGAUUUUCCUCCGGCUCCCGAGGAAAGGUCACAGUCUCCCCAAGACCCUGCCACUGAGAUGAACCAUGAUCUUCCAGUCGAAGAUCUUCCACCUGACGAUCUAUACACAUCGUCUCUGACUCGGAUGGAUGCUCUCCCGGAUUUGAAUGACUUUUUACAAUGGUCCGACAUUUUUAUGCUGGGGUCUGAGCUACCUGGCUCCUUUUUCCAGGACCAUUUUAAGAGCCAGACAUACCAGACAUUUCCCCACCGGGAUGAGGACCAAACAUCGACUGCUCAUGAGACUGCAUUGGCAUCCUCAAGGAAUGAAAUCUGGUCUACUGUGCCUUCUCAAACGCCUGUAGACCUUAAUGGCUUGUCCGUAGGGGUGCCAUCGGACGCACCUUUCCUAUUGAGACACUUUCAGGACCAGGUGAUACCCAGAAUCAUGGCUGUCCCGCUGAUUGAAAAGACCCCCUGGAAGCUUUUAAAUGUCCCGUCUGCCCUGGUUACGUAUACAGAUUUGACCUUUAUGGGCUCACAGAGCAUUAGUCACGCGCGACAGGCAAAUCUGUACUGUCUGCUUGCUUGUUCUGCCAUGCACCUCUCAUUAAACCCAUCGUUCGGCAUCGUCGGCUCCGCGGAGCAUUGGAAACAGCUAACAGACCGCACGUAUAACCUGGCGAAAGACCACAUGCAGCGUUCAUUGAAGGAUGAAACAUAUGAGCCGAAAAAGGCAAAAUAUAAAGACCAGUUAAUGGCGAUCUGUGCCUUGACGGAAUUUGCAGUUCUCUCCGGUCAGCAACAGGAUGCCCGGUGCUACAUGGUUGACGCAGAACGCUUAUUACGCCUCCGCGGGCUGCCUAAGCGCAACAUCUCUCAAAAGGCUCGACUAUUACACCACGUGUAUACGUGGCUCAGAAUUGUAGGAGAGAGCACAUACGCCCUUCAUGACUACACUCCACAUGAAUCAUUCGUUAAGAACAUCAAUCGCCAUUCCCGUUGUGAAAGGCUUGCAGCGAACGGCCACACAGACAUGGGAGGGGAGAGUGAUUUGCGCCUUGAUGACUUUCUGCGUAUUCAACCAAGGCCGUCAGACAGUGAUUUGAACAUUGAUGAGCCGAAAGACGACGAGAUUGGUCUUCACGAUAUUCAUUUAUUAGACUCUCGGCAGUUUUCCGGGACCCUCUAUCGACAGAUCUAUGGGAUCCCAGAAACUUGGUUAAGCCUAGUUUCACAAACGACUCGGCUUGCCAAUGUUAUGGAAACGCUGAAAGUUCUCCGUAGCACUUCGAAAAGUCGGGAGGGUGUGCUAGAGGCACUGGACGUACUUCAGCGGCGCAGCGCUCGUCUCGAGAAUAUGAUAUGCUCCUUCAAGCACAGCAAAGCCAGCAAUCCUGCACCGGAUCAAGCCGACAUCUCAGUUGCACCACAUCACCAUUUUAUCAGGGCUUUGGAUUCAGCCUUGGUCAUAUUUUUCUACCGGCGCAUACGCCAAGUGCACCCGUCCAUCUUAGAAGGCCAUAUAGACGAUGUAAUAUCUGCACUUCAAGACUUCAACGCUUCUUUAACCGAGGGGAGCCAAACUGGCCCUGGUACCGUGUGGCCUUUGUUUAUUGCGGGCUGCGAAGCCAUGACGUCUGUCCGAAGAGAGUCUAUAUUGAGUCUUCUCGAGGCUGGAGAAGCAAAGUGCCAGUUUGCGCCUUUCAGAACUGCGAGAAAUGUGAUGAUGGAAGUGUGGAACUGCCAGGACGAUAACUCAGCUAGUUCCCAGCGCGAUUCUAUACCGUCGUGGCUAGAUGUGGUUCAGCGCCGACGAAUAUGGCCAAUGCUAUGCUAA